AAUUAACAAUUUCCAGGUUACUUCCAGCUAAUGCUUUAAACUUUAUAAAGGUUACCUAAGCUCGUAACAAAUAGAUAACAAUCAUAACCCACCUAAGCAAAAAGCUUAACAAACGCAAUUUCUCCACACUACUCUACUCCUGCAAAGCAAUUUAAAGAAUUACUCCGUGACCUUUGAAAAGUAAGUCUUUUAUGUUACAUAUAUCUUGUUCAUCUUCAUCAUAUUUUUCUUUAUCAAAGUAUUAUAGACAGUGUUUUGAAACUUGAUAACUCCUCCCUUCCGGAUCUUGGUCGUGGGUCUGCAGGAGGGGUACCGUGGUGUCUCUGGAGCAGUUGGUGUGGCUCUGGGACGCGGAUGGCCGGCGGCGUGGUUCCGCGGUGUCUCUGGAGCAGUUGGUGUGGCUCUGGGCCGUGGAUGGCCGGUGGCGUGGUACCGUGGUGUCUCUGGAGCAGUUGGUGUGGCUCUGGGAUGCGGAUUGCCGGCGGCAUGGUUCCGUGGUGUCUCUGAAGCAGUUGGUGUGGCUCUGGGACGCGGGUGGCCGACGGCGGUUCGUGGUGGUCCUGCGACAUAUGCGGGCUGGGGGGCGGUGGCUGAGAUCUCGAUCUCAGGGCUGUGUUGAGUCCGGCGUGGGCUCAGCUCGUUUCUGGAUCUGGUUUCGGGAGCUGAUCUGGUUGAUGAAUGGUCUGCGUGUCGUGGUGGUGCGGCGGUGCAGGGUUGAUGCGCGGCGGCGGGGUGCUCCUCGGGGACGACGGUCUGGUGCCGGCAGAUGGCACUCGAUGCUUGCUUGGUGGGCUUCUGCGUUGGGCCCUUGGGAGAGAUGGUGGAUGGGUCGGGCUUCCGCUUUUGGGCUUUGCUGCUGUUUUUUAAUUUCUGUUUGUUUUGUUUCCAGUUGUUGCUUUGUUUAUUUUGUUGUUUGCAGUUUGUGGGUUGUUUUGCGCUUUUUGCGCGUAAUAAGUCCCUAUACUCGUUGUGUAGGGAUAGUUGGGCUUUUUGCCCGUGGGUGCACUCUUUGUGCCUUGUCUGCUCUAGGUAGGCGGCGAUUUACUUGCGUUGUCAAAUGGUUGCUGCCUCCUAGUGGCAGGGUGAGACUUCAUGCCACUGGAUGUAGAUUCCAGUGGCAACAUGAUAGGAAAGCUGGGAGAAGUGACAUUAUGCUUUGCUGUAUUAGAGUUACAGAUCAAGUAAUCUUUCCGUCGUGUCACUGCUUGGAAGCAAAUAGAACCGUCUGGAGCGUGUUCUUUGCUAGUUGGUGUGGAUUGGAAUACAAGUGUUUAGUAGAGUCGUCUAUUGACUUCUUUUCUGGAUGUACUCUUGAUGCAGAUUGUAAUAUGAGGUUUAGGCUCUUUGUCCCCCCCCUUGUAUUCGUCGGUUUCAUUUAUGAAAGCCUGAGGGCAGCCACACCGGCCCUUGUUUCAAAAAAAAAAAAAAAACUUGAUAACUCCAACACCGCUUUAUUGGUUUCCUUUCCGGCCAUCUCCACCGAUCUUUUCUUUUCUUCUUACAAUGCUUUGGCACAAGAAUAGUGAUUAAAGAUUUUGUAUCCUCGUAGCAAACUUGUCACUUUAUUUGUGUGUUUCAUCGAUCAUCUAUCGCUGCCAAUUAAAGCUUGUCAUGGAGUCAAUUGACGACAGACUAGAGCGUGCUUCUCAGGAUACCAGAGUGGAGAAAGUUCUUUGACAACUCACUAUUUCUUCAACAUGUCUUUAUUAUUAAUAGAAAAAUUAAUGGAAACCUAAAUACAUUAGGGAGAUAGACAAACAUUUGAGAGGCUCUACUGAAGAGUUUUAAAUAAGGAUUCAAUGAGGAU